AUGGCGGCUCACGAACAAACCAGACCUACGAUGAACCCACCUGCCGGAGGCACAGAAAACGAGGACACCACCGUGCCCGGUCAACCUACUAUUCCGUUCAAUGACAAUGCGAGGAUCGUCACUUUCCUCACCACCGACCUCUCGACCGAAAGAUUGAACAGUCUCUAUUCGCUGCUAUUCCUGACCGGCAAGCCUGAGAAUAUCUCCCCCUUACACCACCAACCCAUCAAAGGGCGCACGAUUCUCAUCACCGAAAGGCCUGAUCUGCACCUCAUUUGGAACAUCGACCGGAUUUUCAUCAAACCACUUCCGAAAUAUCUGCUCAGCCACUCGUUUUGGAAAGCCCACCUCCACCACCGACCUGGCAGAUUGGACAUUACGACCCCCACGUUAUGCAACCCCAAAGACACCCUCCGUCUCGAAGCCCAAGGCUUCCUGCGCACUUACUCGCGUCUCAUCCGACACGAGUCGGACUUUGAUAUGGCCCAAAGCCUGGGACUCCUCCCCAAGAGUCUAGACUGGGCCGGUUGGUCGCAUUACAUACAGGCAUAUGCAUACCUUCGGGACACCCAAGUGGCCAGACGCUAUCACUACGGCGAACUUCGCUUGCCAAGACUCAACGCCUGGACAAUGGUCUGCCGCGGGGAACAUUACUUUCAAAUUCACUACGACCAGUUGUCCUUCUUUUCCUGUUUUGGCGGGCCGUAUCUGCUGCUGUUCGGUGCAGUUACGGUGAUGCUCGCGGCCCUGCAGACGGCUGUGCAGAUGGUGCCGGAGGGGGGUCCUUACCGGGAGUUUGCAAAUAGCUUUGUGCCCAUGUCGAUCGCGCUGACGGCGGCGGGGUUGCUGUCUUUUCCGGUGCUGUGGUUUUUGUUCACGAUGAGGGAGCUGUGGUUGUUUAUCUUCCGAUAUCGAUCGCUUGCUUUGUGA